AUACUUUCUGACUCACAAUUAAAUAUUGUGGACAUUCUUGUUAUAGAUCUUUUCUCAAUCGCUAGGGGACUCUGCUGUCCAUAGGGUGCAGGCCAGCAUUGUGUGUUGUGUUGGAGUUUUGAACGGCGGUAGUGAUUAGUCGCCGCCACUGUGUGCCGCUCAGGAUGUUACAGCAGCAGCCUCUCACGGGCAACGGGCCCUCUAACGGCCGGGGCCUUGGCCUGAACUCUCACCCCGGUAUUCAUCCACUAAACUCGGUUCACCCAUCAUCCCACCACCGCUCCGACGGAGAGUCGGGCCACGAAGGCGCAGAAAAUGGACAUGAAAACCGCAGAGACAUUGGUGACAUAUUACAACAAAUUAUGACUAUCACCGACCAAAGUUUGGACGAAGCACAAGCAAAAAAACACGCAUUGAAUUGCCAUCGAAUGAAACCAGCAUUGUUCAGCGUCUUGUGCGAAAUCAAGGAGAAAACAGGCUUGUCAAUGAGAAAUGCUCAUGAGGAGGAACCCCAGGACCCACAGCUGGUGCGAUUAGAUAACAUGCUGCUGGCAGAGGGAGUGGCUGGCCCAGAGAAAGGUGGCGGAGCAGCAGCGGCCGUGUCUGCAGCAACCAGCUCUGGAGGGAUGUCACCGGACAGCUCACUGGAGCACUCAGACUACAAAAGCAAGUUGAGCCAGAUUCGGAACAUCUAUCACACUGAGAUGGAGAAAUAUGAACAGGCGUGUAGUGAGUUCACUACCCAUGUGAUGAACCUACUGAGGGAGCAGUCACGUACGCGGCCUGUGUCACCACGUGAGAUUGAGCGCAUGGUGGCCAUCAUUCACCGCAAGUUCAGCUCCAUCCAAACACAGCUCAAGCAGAGCACCUGCGAGGCCGUCAUGAUUCUGAGGUCCCGCUUUCUUGACGCCAGGCGCAAGAGACGUAAUUUCAGCAAGCAGGCGACGGAAGUCCUGAAUGAAUAUUUUUACUCCCACCUCUCCAACCCCUAUCCAAGUGAAGAGGCCAAAGAAGAACUGGCCAAACAGUGCAGCAUCACUGUCUCUCAGAUCAUCUACAAAAGGAGAAAAUCCCAGACAAAUUGCAAUCUACAUAGAACAGGUCAUGCCCCCCAAAUUCUGGCCAAUAGCUGACUGAAAGAUGCUCACAGAAGUCUCUACGAACCCCUGGGUAACAUCAUGGGAGCUACAAGCCUCUCCUUGCCACAGUCAUUGUGGAUGAGUCUACUGCUAGAAAGAGACUGCACAAACCUGGCCAUCAAGGGAGAUCAGGAAGAAUCGUCUGCUCUUAGAAAAGAAAAUCAACACUGAGGUUUGCAAGACAACACCUGGGCAAACACCAAAGUAGAGGAACAAUGUACUCUGGAAAGAUGUGACAAAGUUGAGUUGUUUGGCCGCAGUGCGGUUUGCCUCAGAAAUAGAUUUUGUCCAAAUAGGUACAAAAAAAGACAACUUUUUAGGGGGUGUACAUCAUUUUCCACAUGACUGUAGCCUUACUUAUCCAUUUGAUCCCUCAUUACUCAUUGAAUUAAUAAUGAUGUUAUAGCAUGAUAUCCCGUUAACUCCGUGUUGUUGACAUAAGAAACACAAAAUAUGCUCUUCUACCUCAGCCUUGAGAGGAACAUAAUCCCUUGAUAAUACUCAGUGGAUUCUCACAUAGGCAUUCCUUUCAGUACCACACGUAGAAUGGCCUCAUUUUAUGGUAACAAAGAAAGCCCACUGUCCUUUUGACCUUGCAAAACAAUGACUAGCUCAUAUGAGAACCAUUGGACCAUGAAGUCUUGGAUCAUUAUACAGGCACAUUCAUAUAUUUUGAGCAUGACCAUUACUUUUGGUAUGUUGCUAUGUGUAUUGAGACUGCAAAUCACAGAACCUGCUCAGUCUAGUCCUACUUUGGCCGGACACCCAACAAAGGCAUAGUUAUGUUGUAAAGUUAAUAGUGGUUAUGUUAUCAAGACGAGUAAUAAUGCACUAUUUUCUGUCCAGAGAGGCCAACAACCUACCAGGAGAGAUAUAGUAUGUGCAGGCCUCAGCCUGAGCCCCACUACCCACAUUGUAGCCUAAACCUCAGCUAACCAUAUAGGCCAGGCCCUUGAUUAGCUUAGAUGGGAUUCACACCCAUAUAAAGCCUUGACCCCCAACACCUUUCCUGAUGGACGGACCAGUGUGUUUUAUGCACUAUCAUAGCAGUAAAGCUUUCUACUUGGGGGGUUAAGUGUCUUGAUAAAAAGCACAACGACAGUAAAUGGUAAACCUAUGGGAUCAGAGACCCGCAGCAUUCUAUUUACUUUUUAAUGGGCUACAAAGACACACCACCAAUUAUUGGUCAUCAACAUGGAAAAAGACAGCUCCUGCAACUUCUCAUCCUAAGUCAAGCACUGUGUAGUUUUGUGUCAUAUAGUGUACAUUUGCAUAGACAAGGUGACUUUACAGCAGUGAAGUAGCACUCUUACCA